CACCAACAUUAUUUCCUCCCCCACACAAACCACUUCCUACUCCUCUUCUAUCCUCUGUAAUAAGGAGAAGAAAGAGAGAAGGGCAGGGCAUUUAGUAAUCAAGAACCACCAAAAACAAAAAAAAUGGCAACCUCACUGCAGGCAGCUGCCACCCUCAUGCAGCCAACCAAGGUUGGUGUCUCAGCCAGGAGCAGCCUGCAGCUCAGAUCAGUUCAAAGCGUUGGCAAGUCCUUCGGCGUUGAGCCCGCCAGUGCGAGGCUGUCAUGCUCUCUUCAGGCUGAUCUCAAGGACUUGGCCCAGAAAUGCACUGAUGCUGCCAAGAUUGCUGGCUUUGCUCUUGCCACCUCUGCACUAGUCGUCUCGGGAGCCAAUGCUGAAGGAGUUCCAAAACGGCUAACCUACGAUGAAAUUCAGAGCAAGACCUACUUAGAAGUGAAAGGAACUGGAACAGCAAACCAGUGCCCAACCAUUGAGGGUGGUGUUGACAGCUUUGCUUUCAAGCCAGGCAAAUACAAUGCCAAGAAGUUCUGCCUGGAGCCCACAUCAUUCACUGUCAAAGCAGAGGGAGUAAACAAGAAUGCACCACCUGAGUUCCAAAAGACUAAGCUCAUGACCCGUUUAACCUACACACUUGAUGAGAUUGAGGGGCCGUUUGAGGUAUCUCAGGAUGGCACAGUAAAGUUCGAGGAGAAGGAUGGUAUUGACUAUGCUGCUGUUACAGUACAGCUUCCUGGUGGUGAGCGAGUGCCGUUCCUCUUUACCAUCAAGCAGCUUGUCGCUUCUGGCAAACCCGAUAACUUUGGAGGAGAAUUCCUCGUGCCAUCAUACAGAGGAUCAUCCUUCCUUGACCCAAAGGGAAGGGGUGGAUCAACUGGUUAUGACAAUGCAGUUGCCUUGCCUGCUGGAGGAAGAGGAGACGAGGAGGAGCUUGAGAAGGAGAACAACAAAAAUGUUGCAUCUUCAACAGGAAAGAUCACACUGAGUGUUACUCAGAGCAAGCCUGAGACUGGUGAGGUGAUUGGAGUGUUUGAGAGCAUUCAGCCAUCUGAUACUGAUUUGGGAUCAAAGGCUCCCAAAGAUGUGAAAAUCCAAGGCGUUUGGUAUGCCCAGCUUGACUGAUAGAGUGUAUUUAGCAUCACUGUACUGAUUCUUGAGUUUUGCUGUAAUUGAAAGGGUUCAUCAAACUCCAAAGUUACCUUGUUGGAGAAGCACCGGGAUCAGUUUCAUGCUUGUAUAUUACUGUGGUUGUUUAAUA